AUGUGUUUCUUCGGCUUGACCCACCUGGGGUUCGGUCCCUUGCCCGUCUUCAUCGCGCUCAUCUUCUUCUUUGAAAUGUUCAUCGUCUACACGAUUGCCAUUGUCAAGCACGAUGUUGACCCAUUCAUGCCGUACAUUUCUUCCGCAGCCGAUAAACGUCCUCAAUCUUGUGUCUUUGCUAUCGGUGGUAACAUCAGUGCUUUCCUCAUCUCCAUCAUGGUCUUCGUAAGAUACCGCCAAAUGCGUUCCAUCUUCUACCAACGAGAUAUGGGAUACCCCUUGUGCUGGAACACAAUCGCCAAAUGGUUCGGAUAUUUGUCGGCUAUUGGUCUCUUCGUGGUAGCCAACGUCCAGGAGACUGCUAUCAUCCCAGUUCACAUGACCGCCGCUCUCGUGAUGUUUGGAGGGUUCACCAUCUACAUGAUCUUCCAGUGCUACUUCACCUACAUCACCUCCCCAGAAAUCACCGUCUACACUGUGUUCAUCUACCGUUUGACCUGCACCAUCAUGGCUGGCCUCUGCUUUGUUACCUCCUUCGUCUGCGGCAUCACCGCUUCCACCAUCUUCCACAACAAAUACCCGGACCUCCCAACGCCACGUCCAUGGAAUGGUCACAUCUACCAACCUGGAGUCGAGUUUCACAUUAUCUCUGCUGUUGCCGAAUGGUGUUGUGCCGUCUUCCAAUUGGCUUUCAUGGUCUCGUUCGGACCGGAAUUCGAGAAGAUCUCUCUUCAAUACUUCCUGAGCUCCAAGUUUAUUGAACGUUCCGACGAGGAGAACCGCGACUUCUUCAUCGACCGCAACCGUUAUCGCGUCUAA